UACAAAAUAAUACAUAUAAUUAAACACUAAAGAUAGAUUAUUUAAAUAAUAUAAAUGAAAAAAGUAUUAUUUGAAGAAAUUAAAAAAAGUUUGACAAAUCCUUCACCUUUGAACUAAAUGGAUACUGUCAUACACAUUAAAAAGAUCAAUUAAAAAAAAUAAAUUGAUGCGAAGAGUGUUAUAAAGAGUAGUGAACUGGCCUAGGAAUUAGUAGAAUAUUACAAGAUGCAACAAAACGAUAGAAAUGAUGAUUCGCUGCACUUGAAUCAAUAAUUUUACAACAGUCCAAAAGCGAGAUAAAAAACAGAAGAAUAUUCAAUUAGAAGCAAAACUCCAUGUUCUAUUCCUUCUAAUAAUGAUUCACUUUAAAAAACAGGAUAUUUAUAUUAAAAAGAGCUAUAAAACAGUUCAUUAUUAGAAUAAAAUGGCAAAAAUAUUAAUGCUUUAUAAAAUUAACAUAUAUUUUUUGAUGUUGGAAUUAAUUAUUGCCAAAAAAGGGAUUAAGAGGCCUCUUAAUAGUAAAGGAAACAGGUUAUUAUUAGAAAGAAAAAUCAAACAAAUCAUAAAAAUUAGAUUUUAAAUGCUUUAGCUUAAAAUAGAUUAAAUACUUGUCAAAGUAGAGUGCGAGCAGAAUCUGUAAACAUGAUAUUUGAAAACAAUUUGCUUGGGACGUUUCAAAAAGGUAAUUAGCGUUGUUAGACGUCAUAGCAUGAUGAAAGAGCAGGUGAAAUAGAAUAACUUAUCAUGCCUAAUUUCGAGAAUAGUAUUUUAGCAAAUAAUUUUAAUAAUAUGACCUGUAAGACAAGAUAGUUAUUUGAUAAGUAUCCAUGCAAAUAAAAUGAGUGGUCUCCUCAAAAGAAGCCAUAUAAUUAUUUCAUAAAAAAUCAUUUAAAGAAAGCAUAAGCAUAAGUUUAAAAAUCUUCCUUUAUAGACCUAUAAGGUAUCUAAUGUUUGAGUUAGGAAUAUAUCUAAAAAAAUGAUAGCUAAUUGAAAUAAUCUCAAUAACUAAGUGAAGAAAAGUAGCAAAAUAAAAUGUAUUAUGAUAGGUUUAAAAGGAUGUCAUAACCAGACAUGAGUAAAUAAAAAGAGAGCGAAAUAUUUAUAGAAGAGUAUUUAAAGACUAUUAAAAUUUAAAAUAGAUUUAAUCCUUCAAAAUAAAUCUAAUAAGCAUCAUAGGACAUUUAGAUUUAAGAAAGCUAAAACAGACCUGUUUCAAGAAUUCAUACUUCUAUUUCACCUGAAAAACAAAGGACCGAAUCUCCAUUAACAAAAAAAAUCACCAACUUAAAAAGAAAUAAUUAGAUAAAACACAGCACAGUGUUAUCUUAAAGAAAUAGUGUAGCUUUUGAAAAUUAUAAUAGCGCCUUAUUUACCAAUUCAUAAGAUUUUGAAACGCAUGAUUUUGAUGAUGGCAUAAUGAAUUUAAACUAAAAUAAGAAAAGAAAAUAAUCAGCCAAUAAAAUUAACAACAACUCAUUAAAUAAUUCAUUAAUUUUAUCUUAAUAAACUCAUAAUUAAAAUUAGCAACACUCAAGUUCAAUUCAGAUAAAUUUUCCAUAAAAAUUAUAAAAAUAUACUUCUUUAGAUUAAGGAGAGUAACCCAUCAAUAGUAUAUUCUAUGGAAGUCAAAUGAGAUAUUAACAAAUUAGAUAUAAUUAAAACUCAAUUUCAAAAAUAUAAAACAAACAAAAUUUUUUGUAAAAUACUAAAAAAAAUAACUAAAAUUAAUUGUAAUAUGUAACUCCUCAUCUUGUGAAAUUAUGA